AGCAAACCUACCCAAGCUUCCGCGCCGAUCUACACUUUUCAAUCCUCUCUCUUCUCCAGCUUUGUUAUUUCUUUCCCCUGCUUUACCUAAGAUACCCUCCAUUUUCCUACGAUCAAUCGAUAGAAAACAAUACAAUGGCCGACCUCCCUACCACCUUUGACCGCCCCGUCCACAUCGCCGUCAUCGGCGGCACCGGCCUCGGAAAGCUCGAAGGCUACACCCCCGUCGCCCAGCUGACGCCCACGACCCCCUGGGGCAAGCCCUCGUCCCCGAUCAGCAUCCUCGAGCACAACGGCGUCCCCAUCGCCUUCCUCGCCCGCCACGGCCUGCACCACCAGUUCGCGCCCCACGAGGUGCCCGCCCGCGCAAACAUCGCCGCCCUGCGCUCCAUCGGCGUCCGCUGCGUCAUCGCCUUCUCCGCCGUCGGCUCCCUGCGCGAGGAGAUCAAGCCCAUGGACUUUGUCGUUCCGGACCAGGUCAUUGACCGCACCAAGGGCGUGCGCCCAUUCACCUUUUUCGAGGGCGGUGUUGUGGGCCACGUCGGGUUCGCGGAUCCGUUUGACAAGGGGCUUGCCGAGGUCGUCAAGAAGUGCGCGGCGCAUAUGCAGGGCGAGGGCGUCGUCUUGCACGAGAAGGGCACCAUUAUCUGCAUGGAGGGCCCCCAAUUCUCCACCCGCGCCGAGUCGCACAUGUACCGCUCCUGGGGCGGCAGCGUCAUCAACAUGUCGGCCCUCCCCGAGGCCAAGCUCGCCCGCGAGGCCGAGAUGGCCUACCAGAUGAUCUGCAUGGCGACCGACUACGACUGCUGGCACUCGUUCGAAGACGUCGACGUCGCCAUGGUCAUGAAGUACAUGGCCGCCAACAGCGAGAACGCCAAGCGCCUCGUCGGCGGCGUCCUCGACGAGCUGUCCAAGCAGGAGAGCGGCGACCUCGUCCUCGCCAAGCAGUGGGAGGGCGCCUCCCAGGGCGCCGUCAAGUUCAUGACCAAGCCCGAGGGCCGCAGCCCCGAGGCCAUGAAGAAUGUCGAGUUCUUGUUCCCUGGGUUCUGGAACUAGAUGUCAAUUCACAGAACCUUUUUUACAUUUUUUAUAGUUAUUUACGGUCUGUUUCUCGGUAUGAGGCACACGACCAAGGGUUG